CUUCUUUCUUUGCUCCUUACGUACACUGGCCUGCCUGCUUGUAUAUUAGGGUUUUCGUUCCGCCGUUCGCAAACCCUAGACGCAGAGUCGAGAACAUCCGAAAAUGGCUCCAAAGAAAGGUGUAAGGCUUCCUGCUGCAGCAGCUAAGAAGAAACCGGACAAGGUAGUGAAUCCAUUGUUCGAGAAGCGUCCGAAGCAGUUUGGAAUAGGAGGGGCAUUGCCACCGAAGAAAGAUCUGCACAGGUUUGUGAAAUGGCCCAAGGUUGUUCGCAUUCAGAGGAAGAGAAGGAUCCUCAGGCAGCGCUUGAAGGUCCCACCUACCUUGAACCAGUUCACCAAGACCCUCGACAAGAACCUCGCAACAAGUCUGUUCAAAAUGCUUCUCAAGUACAGGCCCGAGGAUAAAGUGGCAAAAAAAGAGCGUCUUUUAAAAAGAGCUCAGGCUGAGGCAGAGGGAAAGUCUCCUGAAGCCAAGAAGCCUAUUGUUGUGAAAUAUGGUCUCAACCACGUCACCUAUCUUAUUGAGCAGAAUAAGGCACAAUUGGUAGUUAUUGCUCAUGAUGUGGACCCAAUAGAGUUGGUUGUCUGGCUUCCUUCAUUAUGCAGAAAGAUGGAAAUCCCAUACUGCAUUGUGAAAGGGAAAUCACGAUUGGGAACGAUCGUCCAUAAGAAAAAUGCAGCAGUUUUGUGCUUGACCACAGUCAAGAAUGAAGAUAAACUGGAGUUUAGCAAAAUUUUAGAAGCCAUAAAGGCCAACUUCAAUGAUAAAUAUGAUGAGUACAGGAAGAAGUGGGGCGGUGGGAUCAUGGGUUCUAAAUCCCAAGCCAAAACCAAGGCCAAAGAAAGGGUUAUUGCGAAGGAAGCUGCUCAGAGGUUAACCUAGGAGCUGCCUUUUAAUUAUUGUUUGUGCUUCUCAAGAUAUGGAUCUUUAGAGGCCUUUCUCUUCCUUUUUUUUUUUACAUUUAGAAUUACUGCAGAGUACUUUUUUUUCUCUAAAAUUUGAUCAUGUUAUUGGCUUGCCGUGACAGUUACGUUCUAUUGGACUAUGCAUAAUGCUUGCUUUAUUAUAAUUUCUGGAGUUUGAUCUAA